AAUUUAGUUACGUUUAUCAGUAUAAUAAAUUUCUUACCUCUCACAUUUCUCAGCAGAGUUCCCAGAGUCGCGCGAAGCCGAGUCAGACUGAGAAACACUCCACUGACAACCCUAAGACAGCAAGAAAGCCCCAAAUUGAAUGGCAACAGAAACCAAGUCCACCAAGGGAGACCAUGUGCAAAUAGAUAUGCAGUCGGCAAGGAGGUACUUGGAGAAGGAAGGCGAAACUGCAGCCUCCAUGGAUACUCUGCCAGAAAAGUUCUUUGAGCCUUUCAUCAUGAAAGGCAUUCAAGUGGAUCGCAUUGAACGCGGCACAAUUGUCUGCUCCUUCAAAGUACCCCCUCGAUUGCUGAACGGGGGCGGUUUCCUGCAUGGUGGAGCCACGGCAACCCUUGUGGAUUUGGUCGGGUCAGCUGCAAUCUUUACUGUUGGAGCUCCCACUGUUGGAGUGUCGGUGGAGAUCAAUGUUUCGUACUUGGAUUCUGCUUAUCCUGGGGAGGAAGUGGAGAUUGAGGCCAAGGCUUUGAGGGUUGGGAAAGCUGUUGCUGUUAUUAGUGUCGAGUUCAGGAAGAAGAAGACGGGGAAGAUUAUUGCUCAGGGCCGCCAUACCAAGUACCUUGCCCUCUCUAGCAAAUUGUGAGCAGCUUAGAAAUUGGAACCAAUUCAUAAUUCAGUCAGUAUGUAAAUUGAACUGAAAGCAAUGUUCAUUUAAACUGCUCCUCGCUCUGUAUUAAACAGCUUCGAAUCAAUAAUACAAUGUUCCCCUAUAGAAUUGUGCUCA